AUGGCGUUCAACGGGACCUGGAAAGUGGACCACAGCGAGAAUUAUGACAAGUUUAUGGAGCAGAUGGGUAUCAACGUGAUGAAACGGAAGCUAGCCGAGCACGACAACCUGAAAAUCACCAUCGAACAAAACGGCAACAACUUCCACAUCAAGGAGUCCAGCACCUUCCGCACCAAAGACAUCGAGUUUACUUUGAGCGUGCAGUUCGACUACACGCUGGCCGACGGCACCGAAGUCUCCGGAACAUGGGAGAUGGAGGGAGAAAAACUGAAUGGGAAGUUCUCCAGGAAAGACAACGGGAAAGUGCUGACCACCACCAGGAUGAUUGUGGGCGGAGAUCUGGUGCAGACCUACCACUACGACGGAGUGGACGCCAAGAGAACCUUCAAGAAGCAAUGA